AUGUUAUACAACAUGGGCUACCCUCGUGAUCAGUCCGCGGUGCCGGCCGCGCAAUCCGUCAAGCCCAUGGUCGCCCCCGCUCGGCCGAGACAACGAUGCUCACAGCCGAUGCCCUUUGACCCAGAAGAAUUGUCCCAAAAGCUCGCCAAGGUCCUCGCUGACCAGAGGCUCCACGCUGAAAGGAGGCGAAGAACCAGGGCAGAGGCCACUGUCGCCGCCGCGACCGGGUCGACGCCUGCGAUAUCCCAAGCGCAGGACGCGCAUCCAACCCACGCCGGCCUAGCCAGAGGAUACCUCGAAAAGGGAUCUCUCAAGCCCGGCCACUCUAUUACCAGACCUGGUGCUGAACCGCCCGUUGUGAAGCCCACCAGUGAGACGGCAGAGCCCACUUCCGCUCGGCUCAAGUCCAAGGCUUCUGACGACGAUCGCCGCAGCUCUCAGUCCGCUGGAAAGGGCUCGUUUCGGCGUAAAGCCGCUGAUGUCGAGAGGCACCACUUCAUACCUCAAUUCGCCGCGUCUCAGUUCACUCGUACCACAACAGCUGAGAACAUGUCGGAUAGCAAGGGCCUAGUUCGCAAGCUGUCGCGGACGGCCCUUCGACUCGCCCAAGGCCAUCGUGAGAGACAUCAGGAGCGCGCCAAUGUCCAACGGGAACAAAUGCCGGAAAUCGCCGAGAUGGGCAAUGCCCGCGCGUAUGGUGACCGCAACCACAGGCAUACAAUCGAAGGGACCCUGGGCGCUGGCCGGACCGCCGAAAUGCGCCAGGCGAGAGGUACGAGGCCGGUGAGCACGGGCGACCUGCUCAUGGCCUGGGACUCUGAGGCCCCCUCGCCAUGUCCCGACGACACGACUGAUAUUCCAGCGGAACAAAACCCCUACGAGCACCGGGUGGACUGGACGCAGAGCGAUGAGAUCCAGCCCCAACCGAAGCCCAAGCCGUCGCUGCGCAGGGCGGACUCCAUCUGGGCGCUCAAGAACAAGCUGGGGGCUUUCACCAAGCAUGGCCGGGAUGAGAAUCACUCCAGGGAAACCAGUCCGCCGUCCGACGUGUCGAGGUCGCCCAAGGGCGGGUUCUUCUCACGCUUCAAGGUCAACCAUUGA